UUUAACAACAUAGAAAAUGGUAGGAAUCAAAUAUUUAGGCCUGAAUUUGUCGUUUUGGGUAGCUUAUAAUUUUCUGUUUCUUUCCUCCCCUCCACCACCUCUUCUGCAAUUGCCUCUCUCCGUCCGCUAAAGAAGAGAGCGAGCUUGCUGUCAAGGAGGGGAAGGGAAUAAAAAGAACCAAUGAGUCGUUAAGACAAAAGCAGCCUUUCGGAGAUCUCAAGGGCCCAUACCCUCGAUGUUUCCGAUGAUGCUUCACCAUUAAAGACUGCAGCUUUUUGUUCACCCUUCUGUAGAACAUCAUAAGACAUUCGAGAAAAGCUAGAAGCUAAUCUGGUUGAUUGAUUGAAGAAAAGCUCAAGGGGUAAAGAUGGCAGCUUUAUCGUCAGCUCAAUGUCAUUCCUAUUCCUCUAAUUCCUACCCGCCGUCCUCGUCGAACGGCCAGCGACGUAGUCAUGGGCUUCUCAGCUUCUCUUCUGCAAUUUCCAGGAGGUCUCCUCCAGCUGUGCUCUGCCUGCAGCAGUCUCUGGGCAAUUCUCGAUCUAAUGUCGUCUUAAUGCAGGAUGGUGCUGUGGCAACUCCUGUAAAUCCAGCACAAAAGAAGGAAGCAACCAUAAAGAAAUUGGAAGAUGGUUUGCUUUCUUCUUCAGGAAUCUCUUCCGAGGAAUUGAAAGAGGCAGCUGGUUUUGAUGUUAACGAGAAUGAGUCUUCAGUUAGUAUUACUGUGGUUGGAGCCUCUGGGGAUCUAGCAAAAAAGAAGAUUUUUCCUGCACUUUUCGCCCUUUACUAUGAGGGUUGCCUUCCAAAACAUUUUACUGUCUUUGGUUAUGCUCGCAGCAAGAUGACGGAUGCCGAGCUUAGGGACAUGGUUAGCAAAACUCUAACUUGUAGGAUUGACCAGAGGGAGAAUUGUGGAGAAAAGAUGGAUCAAUUUCUUAAGAGGUGCUUCUAUCAUUCUGGUCAAUAUGAUUCGCAAGAACAUUUUGCCGCCCUAGACAAAAAACUCAAAGAGCAUGAGGGUGGUCGAGUGUCAAAUCGUCUGUUUUAUUUGUCGAUUCCCCCAAACAUUUUCAUAGAUGCAGUAAAAUGUGCUAGCUCCUCAGCUUCUGCUGCCAGUGGCUGGACUAGAGUCAUUGUGGAGAAGCCCUUUGGUCGAGACUCAGAAUCAUCAGCUGCUUUGACAAAAGCCCUCAAGCAAUACCUAACUGAGGAUCAAAUAUUCAGGAUUGACCAUUAUUUGGGAAAGGAACUUGUGGAAAACCUAUCAGUCCUCCGGUUCUCUAAUCUCAUAUUCGAACCAUUGUGGUCAAGACAGUAUAUUAGGAAUGUUCAGUUGAUAUUCUCAGAAGAUUUUGGCACUGAAGGGCGUGGAGGGUACUUUGACAAUUAUGGGAUAAUAAGAGACAUAAUGCAGAACCAUUUGCUUCAGAUACUCGCACUCUUUGCCAUGGAGACUCCCGUUAGCUUGGAUGCCGAGGACAUCAGAAACGAGAAGGUCAAAGUUCUGAGAUCAAUGAGGACUUUGAGGCUCGAAGAUGUGGUGAUUGGGCAGUACAAGAGCCAUACAAGAGGGGGAGUUACUCACCCUGGAUAUACCGAUGACAAGACAGUGCCAAAAGAUAGCGUGACUCCGACUUUUGCUGCAGCUGCCCUUUUCAUCGAUAAUGCAAGAUGGGAUGGAGUUCCUUUUCUGAUGAAAGCUGGAAAGGCAUUGCAUAAUAGGAGGGCUGAGAUUAGGGUACAGUUCAGACAUGUGCCUGGUAACUUGUACAACCGAAAUAUUGGAACGGAUCUUGAUCAAGCCACGAACGAGCUUGUGAUUCGAGUGCAGCCAGAUGAAGCAAUAUAUUUGAAGAUCAAUAACAAGGUACCUGGACUCGGGAUGAGACUGGACCGUAGCAACCUGAAUCUUCUCUAUUCAACAAGGUAUUCGAAGGAGAUUCCGGAUGCAUACGAGAGGCUUCUUCUGGAUGCCAUUGAAGGGGAAAGACGACUAUUUAUUAGAAGUGAUGAACUUGAUGCUGCUUGGUCGCUUUUCACCCCAGUUCUGAAGGAACUGGAAGAGAAGAGAACCAUCCCCGAGUACUAUCCAUAUGGUAGCCGGGGCCCUGUUGGGGCUCAUUACCUUGCAGCAAGAUACAAAGUGAGGUGGGGUGAUCUUGGCAUAGAGCAGUAGGCAAAAAUGUCCUAGGAGUUGGGAUAGUUUGAUGAAGGUUUUUGUGAUAUCCUAAUGUGUUGUGUGCUAGUUAUGAAGGAUAUUGGUGUUAGAUAGAGAAGCCCAGUUUUUUAUGUAUGCAAGCAAAAAAGGUAUAGGAUUGGAAAACAUGAAGAAAUAUUGUUGUCUCAUUGUAGGAAAAUCCUGAUUUUACAGGUCUUUCUGGUGUAGUUUUUUCACUGCAACAAAUAAACAGUGACAGCAUAUUUGCCCCCAAUUAUCAGCAGCAUCUUUGAAAGAGAACUAUAAAGUGGCAUGAGCAC